UUUAUUGUGUAGGAAGUGGUGUAUUUAUCGAUAUGUAUUAAGUGUAAAAGAAUGUAUAAGCCUUAAAAUUGUUGGUAAAAUCAACGAAGAAAUUGUGUUAGUCGCUGUACAUAAAUUGGAAGAUGAUUAUUAAUUUGUGAAACAUGGCGUGAGAAACUGCAUAACCAUGAAAAACAAGCCACUUCUAAAGUGACGCUAGUUCAUCGAAGGCAUUUUUAUCCCAUUAUGAAGGAGAUGGUAGGAGGGUGCUGUGUAUGUUCGGAUGAACGAGGGUGGGCUGAGAACCCCCUUGUUUAUUGUGAUGGUCAGGGAUGCACCGUGGCUGUACACCAGGCGUGUUACGGAAUUGUGACAGUACCGACAGGGCCAUGGUUUUGUCGAAAAUGUGAGAGUCAAGAACGCGCAGCUAGAGUGCGAUGUGAGCUAUGCCCCAGCAAGGAUGGCGCACUCAAAAAAACUGACAAUAGUGCCUGGGCUCAUGUGGUUUGUGCGCUGUACAUUCCUGAGGUACGCUUUGGCAAUGUGACGACAAUGGAACCAAUCAUCUUGCAGCUCAUCCCUACAGAACGCUUCAGUAAGGUGUGCUAUAUAUGUGAAGAGCAGGGAAAGGGGUCUCGUGCAACGGUUGGUGCUUGUAUGCAGUGUAAUAAGACUGGUUGCAGACAGCAGUUCCAUGUGACUUGUGCUCAGGCACUUGGCUUGUUAUGUGAGGAGGCUGGCAAUUACCUGGACAAUGUCAAAUACUGUGGCUAUUGUCAAUAUCACUACUCAAAACUUAAGAAGGGUGGCAAUGUGAAGACUAUCCCACCAUACAAACCAAUUCCAGCUGACCACGGAUCUUCCGACUCCUCCCCAGAGAAAGAGUCAGAUAGUAUGGUUAAGGCAGGUGUUAGUGGGAAGCGGAAGGGGACAGGUAAGGCCACCAGUGCUACCUCUAUGGUUGCAGGAGUGAAGGGUGGAGCACCAGGUGCCAAAACUGUUGUAGGUGGCCACAGUCCGAGCCUCAGUGAUGCUUCUUCCGUUGGUGCAGGUGGUGACACAGUUGACGUAACUAAGUCGUCAAACCCUUCUUUAGGCCCCAAGGACGCUUCAAAUCUUUCAGCCACUACAAUUAUGGGAACAUCGGUUACAAGCAGUGCCAACAGUGGCAGUACUAAAUUUACCACUUCAAACUUUGUUGAAACAGUUGUGACCCAAAGUGAAAGUGUGUUUGGUGCUGAUAUAGCCACAGUUGGACAGGCAAAUGCGCGUGUUUCAUCAGCUACUAUCCAGGCUUCUAGCAGUUCUAAUACUGCUAGUUCCAGUAUCACAGGAAAGAAACGAAAGGCUGGUGGAAGCCGGACGCCAACAACCCCAGAUAACUCAUCUGACAUUGCCUCUAUGCAGGCACCAGUACCUGUAGUGAGUGGUACCGCAGGCAUCCCAGCUGUUGCCGGUAGUGUCACUGCUAUAGUAGGUAAUGUUUCCGUCAGUUCCUCUGGAGGUACUGAUAAUCAUGGUGGUGCAGUGUUAGUGGAUUCCAAGAAACUAAAGGUAGAAAGUGGAAGUAUUUGUGGAGUAAGUGGUAGUAGCUCAAACCCUAUGCCUUUGUCCACAGUCACAGAGUCAGUAGUUGUGAGCAAUGUGAACUCAAGACCAUUGUCAGGUAAUGUGAUCACAUCAGCUUCUAGUGCUACAGGCUUAGUAAGCAGUGCAGUCAGUGCUGGAAGUAUAGUGGUGUCGGUGCCUCUGGCUGCCACGUCCAUCCAGCCCCCCGCAUCUGCGGCAUCCACUGUGGUGACAUCAGCCCCAACAUUAUUCCAACAGCUGCAACAGUCGAGUGUAGUAACCAGCAACGCAGCAGUGUUGGCAGCAGUUAAUGCAUCUGCAGCAGAAAGCCGAGCACAGCCUGUAGCACAUCAGCAGCCACAGCAUAUAGGGGACCAGCCUAGUAAGAGGGCCCGGACACAGUCAACAGAGAAGCCAGAGAAAGGUCGUAAACAGAAGCGUGGUAACAGCGGGACUGUUAUGACAGCUUCAACAACUGGACUGUCCACCGUCACCACCACCAUUACCACCACUACUGUUGCAGCUGCAGGGACAGGCACUAACACAAACAACAGCAACAAGAGAGGAAGUCGUGGGAGCACUGGCAACAACCCUACACCACCUCCAGCAACUACACACUCUCAGCCUGGCCAUAACUCCAUUACAACUGCUGUAGUCCCAACCAGCAACAUGGUGAAGGACUCACCUCCAAGCAGUCCGGGAUCAGAGACGACUUCUGUUCAUUCUGGUGGACGUAACAGCAGGACUAAGAACAACAAACGGAGCAGUGGUGGUCGUGACAGAGAUGACAAGGACAUCAAACUGUUUCAGAACGGCGUCAGUGCUCCACAUAUGCUAGGCAAUCAGCUGAAUCCAUCGUCAACAAUGGCACAGAAGAUGUCAGAUACACUGUCAGCAGAAAUGGAGGCUCACAGCAUUUUCAGUGACUCAAGCAAUUCCACAACAUUGCUUGUUGGACCACAGUUACACAGCCGGGUCAUUGCUUCUGUUCGCAAUGCAAACAGUGUGUCAGGUGGGUCAGCACAUGGCAGCACUGCUGGAACCACCAUCAACCCUGUCAACAGUACUGGUGCCAACAAUCCCACAUGUAGUACUAGCAAUCAUGCAGGGAGUAGCAGUAAUGCAGGAGCUGUAGGAAGCAUCCCGCAGAGUCUGGAUCAGUUGCUGGAGAGACAGUGGGAGCAAGGCAGUCAGUUCCUCAUGGAGCAGGCUCAGCACUUCGACAUUGCCUCCCUGUUAUCUUGCUUGCACCAACUGAGAGCAGAAAACCUGCGACUGGAGGAGCACGUGAACAGUCUCUUACAGCGGCGGGACCAUCUCUUGGCUGUGAAUGCUAGGCUAGCCAUCCCUCUCACCACACAGCCUGCUCAAGUGAAUAAUGUCCACCCAGGGUCUGGUUCUGUGUCACACCAGCACUCGGACGCAUCUCGGAAUCCUCGUGUCAACAAUACCUAUGUUGUGUCUCAUCCCAUGGAAAAUGGGCUGCCACCGGAUCCUAGUCCACCAUCUGGCUACCCACACCAACACCGCAGCCCAGCUGCCCAACCCAGUCCAACAGUCAGACAGAGUUCAUCAGGUAGUGGUUACAUGCUGAGUCAGUCACCUUUGAACCCACCUGCAGGCUCUGCCAUUGUGUCACCUGCAUCCUCAGCCCCAGCUGUCAUUCGCAGUACUUCUGCAACUCCAGAUCCACUGAGGGGAGCUGAUUCAAGGAGGUCAAGCCAACAGCCAUCUGGCUAUGUGUACCAGGUUGUCUCUUCUCCAGCAACUGUCUCCUCACAUCAGAAUUCACAAGUUCCUGUAGUUGCCACGCAGCAGGUGAUACGAAGAGAUGGUGUUAAUGACCUCCAUCACCAGAUGCCCUCAACAAAACCAAGUUGAACAUAAUAGCUAUGUUAUUAAACUGAGCCCCGUAAUAACCUACAAUAUUAGUUGAUUUUGUUCUGUUUGUCAGACAACAAUGUAAAAUGGUUGUGUAUUUGCCUGAGUAUAAUCUUUUGAUCAUAAAUUAAUUUUUUUUUUUAUUGUUAUAAUCAGUAAUAGUUUUAUAUUGUAAUAAUAUGAUAAUAGGUGACAUUCCAUAAAUUAAUGUUCAUUGACAUAUAUUUCAUAUAAUACAAAAGUAGUUGUGGAAGUUUAAUAGAAAACAAACAGAACUUGAAGCUGCUGUUUGAAAUGUCAUGAAUACAUCACAGAUUCACUUCACCUUUUGCUGUAGACUCAUUUACAGGAACAAAGGAAAUGAAAAGUUCUGGGUCUGUGGUCUGCAAAUAUUUCAAAUCUUGGGGUCUAGAGCUGUAGAGUUCUUCCUCAAGGUGUUGCCUCCAUUUAGAAAUGUUGGUUUUCAGCUUAAUUUUUGGGACAGGUAAAAUGAUUCAUUUUAUAAUUUGGAAAAUUCUGGAUGUAUGUGGGCAGAUUGUACUUGCCGCAAGUGAUGAAUGUGACGUAAGAAGGGCUUUUCUUUCUUAACCCUUCAGCGCAGGCAUUUAAAUAUCACUGUUUUGGGGUCUCCUGCGAUAGUAUUUUUUAAUUGCCCAUUUAAAUGUUGCUCUAAAUUAUAUUAUGUAUCAUGACUUUUGAACUAUAUGAGAUAUAAUUAUGAAUUUUUAACCGAAAUCAUCUUAAAAGAUGGUUUUAUAAUCUUACCUUAUAUGAGCACCCUGUAUCUGAGCGAUGGAAGCAAGUGGAUUAGAAGUUGAGUUUCAUAUAAUAUUUCUUGAAACAUCCAUCUAAACACAACCCUGCCUCACAUUCACUACACCAGUAAAUAGAUUCUUUCCUUUUACCAUGUUUUGCGCACACCACACAUCUUUUUUGAGACUUUACCUUUUUCCUUUGGCUGGAAUACGCUCCAGGAAAUGUCGUUCUGUGAAUCUUUUAGGCGGCGCCUCAUCUGACGGGCGGCCGUAUACAGGAUGAGGAAAACCAGAACUGUUUUUUUCCACGGGCCUUUGUGCCACUGAAAGUCUGAACUUUAGUGUGUCAAUGUGUUUGUUAUUCGGGAGACACCGAUAUAUGACCAUUGUGUUACGUAUUGCUACAUUGUGUAGCCUCUGGAAUAACUUCUGAUACCACUUAGUACUCUUCUUUAGUUCAAGCAAGUACGGCUGUAGCAUUUGAUCCUCCAGAUCCACUCCUAGCAUGUUUCUGUUGUAAUCACAAACAACCAGGGGCUUUGUUUCUUGUUUGUUUGCUUUAUUCACAACCACAGGCAUAUCACCUUUGUGGUAUGUUGAUAUCAUAGUCACUCGACCACCGUAACUGUGAGGUCACGCGUUCUAUUUAGACUGACUGGCAGAGCUGCAGGAUCAUGAAUCUUAAGGUUACACGAACAGAGAGCGCAUUCUUUUCACAACAGCCCAGUGCAGUUUUCAUCAUGCUGGCAUGUUUUGUUCCAUAUUAUGGGCCUUCGAAAUUAGGCUUACAGCUUGGCGUACGGUGUACGGCAAACCGCGCUGAAGGGUUAACUUACCUGAUCUGUGAGAAAUUUGUUAUUAAUGUACAGAAUGUCUUUGUUUUAAUUAUUUGUUAUUUUAAGAAUUGUUUUCUUCAUUCAAACUUUUCCACCUGAAAUAUGCCCCUAUUGAACAUAUGUUUCUUCUUUUGCAAACUGGACUUUGAUUAUAUUUGUAGAUGAAAGUCAAUGUUAUUUUUAUUUUAAGAAAAUCUUUCUUCAUUCAAGAUUUUCCACCAGAAAUUUGCCCUUUUUGAACAUUUCUUUCUCCUUUACAAACCAGACUCUUAUUAUAUGUGUGGAUGAAAGCACAUGUUAUUAUUUUCAUUUCAUAUGAAGAUAUAUAUUUUUUUUCCCCCUUGGCACUAUAGCCCCAGUG